AUGUAUCGCAUGAUCAACGUUGCACCAGACGAUCAGAAAUUACAGCGCAUCCUGUGGAGAGAGUCGGAACAAGACCCCAUUAGAACGUUUGAGUUAACGACGGUCACGUACGGCACAUCAGCUGCUCCUUACUUGGCCACAAGGUGUCUACAAAAACUGGCAGAAGAUGGCGAGAAAACCCAUCCCAGUGCUGCGAAAAUACCGAGGAAAGCUUUUUACGUAGAUGAUCUAAUAACUGGUGUGGCCAGUGUACAGGAAGGAAAACGGCUCGUGAAAGAAAUUAACGAGUUACUAGAUAGCGCAGGUUUCACUCUUCGAAAGUGGAAUUCGAAUUCCGAUCAGGUGUUGACCAAUAUUCCUAAGCAUUUGCGAGAUGAUAGAGAUGUAUUUGAGCUCGAUUCGUCCACAUCCACGGUCAAAACAUUAGGGCUCGUUUGGGAACCACGUACAGACUGUUUCCGCUUCGGUGCUCCGAAAUGGAACAUAGCAGACCCUAUUACCAAACGAGUAAUAUUGUCCGAUGCAUCAAAGCUAUUUGAUCCACUUGGACUAGCAGGACCUGUUAUAGUACCAGCCAAGGUUUUCAUACAAACACUGUGGAAGUUGAAGUGCCAAUGGGACGACCCUCUCCCCGAGGAGUUUCAACUCUUCUGGCACGAAUAUCGUCAAAAUUUGAUUGCUUUGGACUCGUUAAGUGUACCACGUUGGGUUGGUCCUUCCAGUGACUGCAUCUCCGUUCAACUCCAUGGGUUCUGCGAUGCAUCUGAGAGAGCGUACGGAGCUUGUCUCUAUAUUCGUUGCACAUUUUCCGAUGAUUCGAUUACUGCGCGUUUACUGAUGUCCAAGUCAAGAGUCGCUCCGAUAGAUAACCCAAAAAAGAAGACACGGAAACAAUCGAUUCCGCGCCUCGAAUUAUCAUCAGCACUCGUGCUUAGUCACAUGUUCGAGAAGGUCAGAAGCAAUCUACCGACGACGGAGAAACCAUUCUUUUGGACGGAUUCCAAAAUAGUCCAGUGUUGGUUAGCAUCCUCGCCCUCGCGUUGGCUGGUUUUUGUUGGAAACCGGGUUUCUGAAAUACAGCAUAUUACCAAGGAAGGUUGCUGGAAUCACGUUCCCAGGACUGAAAACCCGGCAGACAUUAUAUCUCGUGGCAUGACGCCGGCUCAACUGCAAUACCAGUCGAUUUGGUUCGACGCCCCACUCUGGUUGCAUCAAGAUACAUCGCCGUGGCCAAAUGAUCGGAAUGACAACAGUGAACAGAUUGACUCAGCAGCAUUGGAAGAACGAAGCAUUAUUUCUCUGCCUGCGGCGGUGCAACCACCGAAUGAAAUAUUCUCGUUAUACUCGUCGUUUCCAAAACUCGUUCGAAUGGUUGCUCUCAUACGUCGUUUUCGGCACAAUGCCCAAGCGAUAAAUCGAAAUUCAAGGAAAGAUGGACUAGUUUCCUCUGAGGAAUACGAACAAGCCGUAACCCAUAUAGUGCGACUGUCGCAGCAUGAAAGUUUUCGUCAAGAAUUUCUGGAUCUGUCAAGGACUGGAGAAGUUCGUGAUUCAUCGAAAAUUCUUUCCUUGCGCCCACGUUUAAUAGAUGGAAUUAUUCGUGUUGGCGGCCGGCUCAGUGGAGCACCUGUAACAACAAACCGCAAACAUCCAAUGAUCCUUGAUCACAGACAUCCAUUGUCUACCCGCGUUCUCGCUCACUACCACCUUAAGCUGUAUCACGCAGGACAACAGUUACUUGUCGCGAGCGUCAGAGAAAAAUACUGGCCUACACGAAUUCGAGGUCUAGCCCAAAAAAUAAUAUAUGGUUGCGUGAUGUGCUUCCGCGCUUAA